ACUCGGCGGCGGUUGGUAUUUGCGUCAAUGUUUUAUGUCUUUGUUAUAUUGUGGCGAAAGCAGUUUGUUACAUUUAAGUGGAAACUGCAGGUUUCAUGCUUAAACUGCAAAAGAAAAAACUUCAUCUUUCCAACAUGAACAUUGUUCCUUAACAUUGAUAUAGGCCCAAUGUAGAUGUAAUAAGCGAAGUUAAAAUUGGCGUGACUAAAAUCUCCGCUUCUAAAUUGUAUGCCUGAUAGAUCUACUUGGAUGUACACAUUCACUCGCAAUCGACGCCAUUUUGAAUCCUCCUAAAUGGGGAAAAUCAGGUCGUAUCUUAUUUAUUGAUCUUGACCGAUACGUCUUCAUGUUAGAAACGAUUAUUUACUUACUGGGGACAAAGAUAUGUUUGUAGUACUGUAUAUCGUACGACUCUGUGUAUUCGUCAAGUCGUAACUCCCAUGUUUGACUUCUUCCGAGAAAUUCAGUUUAAGCAACGUAAUGCAUCGAAAAGGCACGGUGAUCAUACUUACCAUUGAGGAGUGACUAUCAACCAAUCAGAAUGAAAGAAAUAAACCAAUCGCGUGCCAGCGUGGCUUACUUCCUGUUUUCGUUUUUUUUUCUCCGUGAACGGAGUAAUAAUUAUUUAAACGGAGUAAUAAUCAUAAAAGAAUUGCUCAACUGCAUAUUUCUUGUGAGUUCUUUUAGAAUACAAUUUUCUGUCUGCUUGUUUUUGUAAUCGUUCUCCCCGCCCACCCCGUAUAUAUUUUUUCCUGUAUAUUGUCUCACAAUUAGCCACACUGCUAGCAAGCUGUUUAGCAACGAAGAAGCGGCGUCCAUGCGGGGGACGUUGUCACUUUGAUUUUAUUCAAGUUGGUCUACUGUUUCCACUCUGACGGAACGCGGCGUAAUUCUGACUAGAUUUGCUUCGUUUACACUUCAACAGGACUGACAGAUCAUGGGUGGCGUCAAACAGGAGCAGAAUGAUGCUCCGCAGCAGCCAAGAGCCUCACAAUCCACAGAACAGCCUCAAGAUGAGCCUAAGAAGAGAGGUUGGCCCAAGGGCAAGAAAAGGAAAAAAGUGCUUCCCAAUGGUCCCAAAGCGCCGGUUACCGGGUACGUCCGCUUUUUGAAUGAGCGGCGGGAAGUGAUGCGCGCCCGGUAUCCUGACCUCCCUUUCCCGGAAAUCACCAAGAGGCUCGGAGCAGAAUGGACACGAUUAGCGCCAAAUGACAAACAGCGUUAUCUGGACGAGGCGGAGCGGGACAAGAUGCAGUAUGCCCAGGAAUUGAAGGAAUAUCAUCAGACGGAGGCAUAUCAGAUCACUAGCACUAAGAUACAAGACAAGAGGAUUAAGAAAGAGGACAAUCCAUCUGUAAUCAUCAGUGCCAGUUCAGGCUUGCCAAAGACAUCCGAGCUCCCAAGCAGGUUUGACAUCCCGAUCUUCACAGAGGAGUUCCUCGAUCAGAACAAAGCUCGAGAGGCGGAGUUGCGUCGACUUCGCAAGGCCAACGUGGAGUUCGAGGAGCAGAACGCGGUGCUGCAACGGCACAUCAAAGACAUGUACAACGCCAAAGAGCGCCUGGAGGCGGAGCUGAGCCAGGACGAAAAGCGCACGCAGGCUCUUCAUCAGCACUUGCUUGCUAUUAAACACACGCUGGUCAAUAGUCUGUCUGCUGUGCCGCUGCCAGGCACAGGCGAGACGGCAACCCUCGGAAACCUGGAUUCGUAUCUCAGUCGUCUCAGCGGCGCGCUCGAAGGGAACCCUCACAAGCACCGGGCCUUGUUUACGCAGCUUUGCGAUAUCCUCUCUCACCUGGACAGUGAGAAGUUGUAGGACAACUGCACAACCCCUUCCACCUCCCCAAGUCAUUCCUGCACCCGUGGAGUUUCAGGCAAGGUGUUGUUGUGUGCAAUCUACGCCAUCUGGGCCGAUGGGUGCGGACUUCUCGGGGGAUGGAAAGGUCAGUGCCAUGAACACGUCGGUCGAAGUGUGCAGCCACUCCGACUUCAGCACAAAUGUGUGACUUUGUUAAAAGUGUGCAGAAACUAUUUUGUAAAGCGUACUCUCUGUUUACUUUGUCAAAAUAAGGAGUUUACAAGUAAUGCCAUGUGGCAUCGGUGGCUGGGAUCACUACAAAUGAAUCCGAUUAUGCUUUUGUGCUUGAUCAUGAAAUCUUGUCAUAUCAACUUUUAUUUGGUGUGAACUUUAUUUGUAAUUUGACCAAAAUGCUGUUUGAAACUGUGCUGAAAAUAUUUCCAAUAUAAGGUAGACAAGCUUG